CUAAAAGUCGUAUUCUUCUUUGCUGUGAAAAAUGUACGAGAAUCACUCUUGUUGGGUCGUUCUUCAAGAAAAAGAGGCCAAAGCGCCCUAACUCAAAUGUUAAGAUCGUGCUGUUUUUGAAAAAUUUAUGUGAAAGUAGUAUCCCGACGCUGGUUAUCCAAGAAAACGUUGUUAGUGUAAAUUUGUGAUGCUCAACAUGCAAGAUGAUUGCGUCUGUCAUGCUUGGCAUGCGUCGCAGGGUCCAUGAAAGGGCGCUUUCACGUACUAUCUGCGCAUGACAGGUUUUUGCUGUCAUGCCAGACAAAUUUGUAAUGCUGUUCCUCCAAAAAAGUUACACCUACAAUGUUUUUUUCUUGGAUACUGGUGCGUCAUCUUGCUCUCGACGUCAAACAAACUCGCUUUUACUUGAUUUUAUUCAAAAACUUAUGGGAAAGUAGUAUCCCGGCGCUGGUGCGUCAUCUUGCUCUCGACGUCAAACAAACUCGCUUUUACUGCAUUUUAUUUAUUAGAUGUGGCCGAAUGUUGGUUUUUCUUUUUAUUUUUCAAGUAGUGUUGCUCGCACUAGCAGCAGCAAUACAUAUUCAGCUCUCUCCUUUCAAACGAACAAUACCAAGGAGAUAUUUUUUUCCAAAAAUCCAAGCGGUCAUGAGACCUUGCGGACGCAAGAGGAUAAACUUCUACAGGGCCUGCUCGGCCAUACCUCGAGGAAAUUUACGUGAUGAGCAAUAUUCUUUCGUGGCUCGUCAGCGCUGUGCGUUUUUUUUUGAUCUGUCAAAGGAUAAUCAUGCAGGAAAAACCCUCUCCAUUUGUAUUUGUUGAAGUUCUCUGAAAAUUCCCGCCCCUGGAGGGAAGGGAAGUCGUGAUAAGGGCCUGGCGCCCAGAUGCGCUACCUACCUGAGGCAGACGCAUCAAGUCUCGCAAACUAAGCGGCAGCACGCCGCUGCUCCUGGUGAGUAAUGUAGGGCGGCGCCCGCAAUCCAGCGCGCGCCCCCUCGCCCCUGGUGGGUGUUCUCUUCUUGAGGACGAGCCCAGCUCUGGAAGCUGGUGCGCCCUGUACUAUGCUCCUGGCGAGUGAGACGGCGGAGGGCCGUCCGCGUGCUUAACCUGAGCGGCACAGCGCCACACCGCGCCCGACCAGUCCGAGGCGGGCACUUUAGUGUGUUGCCGCGUCGUGUGCAAGGAGGCCCGGCAUGGCGUGCCCUCCCGGCGGCCUUGUGCCGUAUUGGUGGAGGCGCACCGUCGUACGCCCUACUGCCUCACGUAGUGCGCAGCACGCAGCCGGCGGCACUUGCCGAAGACUGGCGAAAACGGUGGGGCCUGCGCUAUUCUGGAAAGCCUGGGCUGGCACCCUUACCCCCCUGGCGGGGCCGGAAAACCGUUCCCGGGAGGCGGCGCAAGAGGCGGCGGAGGCUCCGCCUGCGUGAGCCCCAACCGCCACAGCUUGCGCCCUACAUUCUGCCCGUCCGGCAAUAGCCGGAUGUCCGUGGAGCCGCUCUGGAAGCGCACCUCCCUACGCACGUAGCGUAAUUAUUCUGUGUUAGUGCGCCCGGUGUGCACCCUCUGAAUAAUGCUGCUAUAAGGAGCCAGUGCUCGAAGCAGGGCAGCACAGCGCGCCCAUUUCCCUUCAUGCACGUUGCUCCCCUUCAGCUUCCACGACUUGAGGCCGUGUGUCGCGUUGAAGGGUUUUCGCACGUCCUGCUCCCACAGCCGUGCUGUCAGACGGAUCAUCGCAAGUAUAGCCUGGUCAAAGAGCGAGCGCCGCAUCUGUUUGAAACAAGAGCGGAUCAUAUACAUACAUACAAGUUCUCUGAAAAUAAGUGCAGCGAGGUUUUUUUCAAGACCUGACUUA